ACUCCAAUUAAAAUAAUACACUUUUUCUCUUCAACAAAAAAAAAACAUAAAGUCAAAAACCCAACUCUACACAGGCUCCUCGUACAGUAAACACACACUUUCCAUUCAAAAAUGACUACGCCACCGCACACGGCGUCAAACGGCGGCGAAACGGAAAGCCAGUCACGUUUAUACGAAGCCUACAACGAACUACACGGACUCGCACAAGAGUUCGAGACGCCGUUCGAUGCUCCGGCUGUAUUAGUCGUCGGACAUCAAACCGACGGCAAAAGCGCACUCGUAGAAGCCCUAAUGGGCUUCCAAUUCAACCACGUAGGCGGCGGAACUAAAACUCGUCGUCCUAUCACUCUCCACAUGAAGUUUAAUCCGGAAUGUGAUUCGCCUCUGUGCCACCUGAUUUCGGAUUCUGAUUCGUGUGUUCCGUUACAGAAAUCGCUACGAGAAGUUCAGGAGUACAUCGAAGCUGAAAACAUGAGACUGGAGCGUGAAACCUGUCAGUUUUCUUCAAAGGAGAUAAUUGUUCGAGUUGAAUAUAAAUACUGCCCGAAUCUUACCAUCAUAGACACUCCUGGGCUUGUUGCUCCUGCUCCCGGACCAAAAAAUCGAGCUUUACAGGCUCAAUCUCGUGCGGUUGAGUCUCUAGUGCGUGCAAAAAUGCAGCAUAAAGAGUUCAUUGUGUUAUGCCUUGAAGACUGCAAUGACUGGAGCAAUGCAACUACUAGAAGAGUAGUAAUGCAGAUUGAUCCGGAACUUUCGAGGACUGUUGUCGUUUCAACUAAACUCGAUACGAAAAUACCCCAAUUUGCACGUGCUUCAGAUGUUGAAGUUUUUCUUUCUCCACCAGCAUCCGUUCUUGAUGGUUUUAUGCUUGGUGAUUCACCCUUUUUCACAUCCGUACCUUCUGGAAGAGUUGGUUCAGGACAAGAAUCAGUUUACCGAUCCAACGAUGAGUUUAAACAGGCUAUUUCUCUAAGAGAGAUGGAAGAUGUGGCAUCUUUAGAAGAAAAGCUUGGUAGGUCACUAUCAAAGCAAGAAAGAAGCAGAAUAGGAGUGAGCAGCCUUAAAUUAUUCUUAGAAGAACUGUUGAUGAAAAGAUAUAUGGAUAGUGUUCCUUUGAUCAUUCCUCUUCUUGAAAAGGAGCAUCGUGGUACAACACGAAAACUAAAUGACAUAAAUCAGGAACUCAGUACUUUAGAUGAAGUCAAACUAAAGGAGAAAGGAAGAGCUUUUCAUGAUCUUUUUCUGACCAAGUUAUCACUGUUAUUGAAAGGGUCAGUUGUUGCACCCCCGGAUAAAUUUGGGGAAACACUACAAGAUGAAAGGGUUAAUGGAGGGGCACUAAUCAGCAUUGAUGGGUCUCAGUUUCCACUCAAGCUAAUACCUAAUGCAGGUAUGCGUUUAUAUGGAGGUGCUCAAUAUCAUCGUGCAAUGGCUGAGUUUCGGUUUGUUGUUGGAGGGAUAAAAUGCCCUCCAAUUACACGUGAAGAAAUUGUAAACGCGUGUGGAGUGGAAGAUAUUCAUGAUGGAACAAAUUACUCUAGGACUGCAUGUGUCAUUGCUGUUGCAAAAGCUCGUGAUACUUUUGAACCAUUUCUUCAUCAGUUGGGCAGUCGACUUCUUCACAUUCUCAAGAGAUUGCUUCCUAUAUCUGUUUAUCUUCUUCAGAAAGAAGGCGAAUUCUUAAGUGGCCAUGAAGUAUUCCUGAGACGCGUGUCUUCUGCCUUCAACAACUUUGCUGAAUCAACUGAAAGAUCAUGCCAUGAAAAAUGUAUGGAGGAUUUAAUAAGCACCACCCGUUACGUCACAUGGUCCCUUCACAAUAAGAACCGUGCUGGAUUACGGCAAUUCUUGGAUUCUUUUGGUGGAGCAGAACAGCCUGCUAAUGGUGGUACUGACUUGAGCACAAGUGUUCAGAACACAGAAACACGAUUAGCUGAUCUUCUAGAUAGCACACUCUGGAACAGAAGACUCGCGCCUUCAUCUGAACGUAUCGUCUAUGCUUUGGUGCAACAAAUAUUUCAUGGCAUUCGAGAAUAUUUCUUGGCUUCGGCUGAGUUGAAGUUCAAUUGCUUUUUCCUGAUGCCGAUUGUAGACAAAUUGCCUGCACUCCUUCGAGAGGAUCUAGAAUCUGCAUUUGAGGAUGAUUUAGAUAAUGUUUUCGACAUUACUAAUCUUCGACAUUCCCUGGGCCAGCGGAAACGAGAAACCGAAAUCGAGAUGAAACGGAUACAGAAGCUUAAAGACAAAUUUAGAAAAAUCCAUGAGCAGCUUAGUUUGCAUCAAUCUGUGGCAGGACCAUGAGUUCUUGAAAUACUGGUCAUUUCCCUGAUUUUUGGUUGUAUUGUGUAUAAACAUACAACAGCAGCUUGAAGAAUGCAGUUCCUACUUCAAAUUUUUCUAUAUAUUAGUUGGGUGUUAUAUCAAA